CGACGGAAACCAUAAAUUCAUCUUAAACCCUACGUCUCCACAUUCUUCAUCCCCUGCGCAGAAAAAAAUUUCUGGUACUCGUCAUUCUAUUUUCUUUGUUUGUCUCAGGAAGAGCAUGGCAAAGCGUUUGAUUCCAUCAUUUAAUCGCAUUUUAGUUGAGAAAAUAAUCCCUCCUUCUAAAACCAACUCGGGAAUCUUGCUUCCUGAGAAGACCGCCAAGUUGAACUCUGGAAAAGUGGUGGCAGUGGGACCAGGAGCACGGGACAGAGAUGGGAAUCUUAUCCCUGUGAAUCUAAAGGAAGGAGACACAGUUCUUUUGCCUGAAUAUGGAGGCACCCAAGUCAAGCUUGGUGAAAAAGAGUAUCACCUAUACAGAGAUGAUGAUAUCUUGGGAACACUUCAUGACUGAUUUGAUGAAACAGCGCCAUUUUGGAGAAUUGGAUUCUCAUUCAAAUGUGGAACAAGUGUUUGUCUUAGAAUUGUGACUGUUUUAGUGGUUUUAUCCAUGUUAGAACUUUCAUUGUUUUGGCAUUUUGGAUAAGGAAUCUUUUCAUGAACCGAAUUUUCUCAUAUGAAAAAUGUUGCUAAAAUCUUCCAUCAAUCAUAUAUUUUUCCUCCA